AUGGUCUGUGGAAAUCCUCAAAGUGUGAAAACUACAGCGUUAGAAACCGUACUAGCUCUACUUCUGUAUAAUAUUCACAUCAUCAGGAGAUGCUAUGAAAGCUUUUUCGUUCACAUAUUCUCCAGGAGAGCUAAAAUGAGUCUAAAUAUUGUGAUAUUCGGAAAUUUGUUCUACAUCUUAACAGUGAUUCUCAUUACACACUCAUGGCCUGGAUUUGUGUUUGGUACCUCAUUGGACCCAAUCACCUUACAAGAUUUCUCUUGGCGUUUAAUCAUCUGUAGUGCUGUAUUCAUCUAUGCUAUGUACCAUCAAUACCAAUCUCAUCGAAUUCUGGCAAACUUGAGGCUCAACAAAAGCGGACAAGUAACUUCUGAGGGAUAUUUUCCACCAUCAGGAGGAUAUUUUGAGUUAGUUUCAUCACCUCACAUGCUUUUCGAAUGCCUCAUAUACAUCUCCUUGCUUGGUAUUCUCUGGGAAAAUAAAUCUUUGCUGGCUGUAACAAUCCUGGUGGUUGUAAAUCAAUGCAAAUUUGCACAUGAAAGUCAUCUUUGGUACAAAGAAAAUUUUCCCAACUAUCCUGUCAACAGACGAGCUAUAAUUCCUUUUCUUAUCUAACACCUGUAUUUCUUAAUUAGCAUUUGUAAUAUUUUGUAAAUAAAGGUGGCAAAACUUAGGAAAGAGCAAAUCUAAGAAAACAAAUUUUAA